UUCAUCGAUUUUUUCAUUUACUACUAUUAAUUUUUUUUAAAGCUUCAAUCGUUUAUUCUUUCUUAUUUUGGUAAAAGAUUAAUCAAUGUCAGCUUCCACAAUGUCGAUCACUGCCAAUCCCGCCUCCGUCGCCUACCGGCGCCGAGCCGCCAUUGAGAAAAAGCAGCCGCCUACCGCCUUGGACUUAGCCGCCGCCAACGCCGCGGCUGCCGUCACUCCUCCAUCCACCGGCUACGAUGGACUCGCGGCCGGCGGUGCUGAUAUUAAAGAGCUUAACCAUCAUUCCGUACGAACCGAAACUCAAAAUGCAGUUCAAGUGGUGAAGAAGCCCUCGCCUACCUCCAAUGGCGUCGUGCAUUUCUCUCGCCGCGCGGGGACCGCGAAGAGAGUUUCCAAGCCCGCGAAACCGAGAUGGCUGACGGUAGUCAGUGUAUUCACUAAAAAUUUAUUGCUAUUGCUGAUCCUCGUGGGUUUGGUUGAAAUGGUUCGGAGAUUGGUUAUCGAUUCGCGCACUCGAAGCAGUGAAGGCCUCGCCGUGAUGCCUGGGGAUUUCGAGGGAAAGUUAGCAGAGAUGGAGGCGUUUGUGAAGGAGAUCACUACAAUGAUGCAAGUUCAAGUAGAUGUGAUCGACAAGAAGCUCGAAAACAAAAUUAGAACUGUAAAAGGGGAAUUUAGUGAAAAGCUUGAGGGAAAAGAAACAGAAUUGGAAUCGAAGCUCAAGGAAUUGGAUGGGAGAACUGGGAAUUUGGAGACAUUGAUGAGCAAAACGGAAGCAACAAAUUGGCUGUCAAAAGAAGAGUUUGAUAAGUUCCUGGAAGAGUUCAAGGAGAGGAAAGGCAGUGAGGUAAGCAAUGUGAAUUUGGAUGAGGUAAGGGUAUAUGCUAGGGAGAUAGUGGAAAGGGAGAUUGAGAAGCAUGCUGCUGAUGGGUUAGGGAUGGUGGACUAUGCCUUGGCUUCUGCUGGGGCAAUGAUAGUGAAGCAUUCGGAGCCCUAUAACAUUGGAAAGGGAGGGAGUAGCAGUUGGUUUCCAUUAACUAAGCAGAAUACAGUUCAUAUGGAUGCCCAGAAGAUCCUGACACCAAGUUUUGGAGAACCUGGGCAAUGUUUUCCACUUAGAGGGAGUCGCGGGUUUUUCCAGGUCAGGCUCCGGAGAGCCAUUAUUCCAGAAGCUGUGACGCUGGAACAUGUUUCUAAGAGUGUUGCUUAUGAUAGGUCUAGUGCUCCCAAGAAGUGCAGGGUGUCUGGAUGGCUCCAAGGACAAGAUACGACCGAUGUAACUGCAAAUAGUGAGAAUAUGUUUCUAUUGACAGAAUUUACAUAUGAUCUUGAGAAGAGCAACGCUCAAACUUACAACGUAUUAGAGUAUGCAGCCACUAGUGUUGUUGACACAAUUAGGUUUGACUUUGCAUCCAAUCACGGGAACACUUUGCAUACAUGCAUCUACAGGUUGAGAGUACAUGGACGAGAACCCAACUCCGUAUCAAUGCUUGCAUGAGUAGGUUUGCUAUUGACAUUCAUCUGUUGAUUAUUUCUUCCAUUUUUUAGUAGUUCAUUCGUAACCCCCCUAGGCGGUAUUUGACCGGGAAAUGUAUCACUAUGUUCCUGACAUUUUACUAAUUUGUUCCUGGAACCAAGAUGUAUAUGCAGUACUAAGCUCAACAAGAUAAUAUUCAGAAGUUCUGUAGUUGCAGACUUGCAAUAUAUUGGUCAUGCAAUAUACUUCACU